GGAUUCAGGGGCCACGGUCCGCACAGUAAGUUCACAGCCUAGGUUGGUCCCAUCGCCGCGCGGUCCAGCUCCUGAGCUUUUGCUGCCCCCCAAGUCGGCCGCCUACGAGCGUCGAGCUCCUCAGUCACGAACCGGAGAGAAAUUGGCAAGGACAAGCCCAGAGAGCAUCACUGUGGAAGAGCUCUGCACCUUCCUACUUCCAGUUUUCAGAAGAAUUUUCAGCCCUUUGGGGAGAGAGGGUUUUUGUUAUCUCGACCCUCUGACUUCGUUGAUCAUUAAUCUUUCUUUUCCUAAUUCCUUGGGCCAACUUCAAUCACACCUCACACCCUAGUCUUAGACCUUUGGCAAGAUUUUGGUGUCUGGAAAGCUCUCUCUGGGCGUUGCUGGUUGAGGGUGGUGAGAGGAGGCAGCAGAGGCCGUGGUCCCGGUGAGCGGACUGUCCCGGCCUUGACAGCCAGGCCUGGGUGGCGAGAUCACCAUGUCCACCAAGGUGCCCAUCUACCUGAAGCGCGGCGGCCGCAAGGGCAAGAAGGAGAAGCUGCGGGACCUGCUGUCCUCAGACAUGAUCAGCCCGCCACUGGGGGACUUCCGACACACCAUUCACAUCGGCAGUGGAGGUGGCAGUGACAUGUUCGGUGACAUCUCCUUCCUGCAGGGCAAGUUCCACCUCCUGCCGGGAACAGCGGUCGAGGAAGCCGAGGAAGAUGGCAGCUUCGAGCUCCCCUUCCAGUUCACCCGCACUGCCACGCUGUGCGGGCGGGAGCUCCCCGACGGGCCGUCCCCUCUGCUCAAGAACGCCAUCUCCCUCCCUGUCAUCGGUGGACCCCAAGCCCUCACCCUGCCCACCGCCCAGGCCCCACCCAAACCUCCUCGCCUGCAUCUGGAGACCCCUCAGCCUUCCCCACAGCCCUCCCUGCAGGAGGCAGGGAGCGUGGACAUCUGGAGAAUUCCAGAGGCUGGCUCGGCCCACAGUGGGCUGACCGAGUCAGGGGCCGAGGAGCCCUUGCUGUCCCAUGCCAGCUCCCUGCUUUCCCUGCACGUGGACCUGGGGCCUUCCAUCCUGGACGACGUCCUCCAGAUCAUGGACCAGGACCUGGGCCACCUGCAGAUCCCCACAUAGGACCCGAGAAUGGCCAGGCUGGGUGCCCAGACCGGAAUGAAUGCUGGAGGCAGGGGAUGGACACGGCCCUGGUCUAGAAGUCAGGGUCCCAAGGUCCUACCUGUGUGUGGUUGCUGGCCAGGGAUUUCUCACUUUGAGCCUUUGUUUCCCUCCCUCCCACCCUCUCCCUGUGGGCAGGGUGGCCUCAUUGCUUCCCCCCAAACUCCAUGAGAACUUGUGCCGAAGUCAGCUCAGAGGGCCCUGUGCAUCUUGGGCCACCUGGACCCCGACCACCAACCUCUCCUCAGAUCGCUUGGAUGAAGGCUGUGCUGAAAUGGACUCUGCUUUUUACCUCCCUCUGCCUCAGCCCUGCCGAUGCCCUGAUGGGGGGCGGGGGAAGACAUGGGGCACGGCCAGCUGGACCUGUGGCUCUGUGUCAUGGACUGGGAACAUGGUAUCAGUGACUGAUGCCCCUCUGCCCCCCCCCACAUGACCAGGGGAUUCUGGUUGCAAUAAAACUUGCUGCUGUGGUAGUUGCACUCCCA